CCUACUUGCAUUAUUCAAACCACACACAACACACACACAGAAACUGUUCACCUUCUCAUACUUUCACCCGCUCUGUUUCAUCCUCCCACGGACGCCACGCCAACCACACAGCGGAUAAAACUAAGAUCUAUCACCCAAAACUCCAGAUUUAUAUUUUCAUCCCAUCCUCAACCUCAAGAUUCCCCCCACACAAAAUUUAAUUCAACCCCCAAAAAAUUAUCCAAAUUCAGAUUAGAUACCGUCUUCCAAAAUCUUUCCCGAAUCCGAAUUCUGAUCAUUUUUCCACUUGGGUCCUCACAAAAACCAGAAUCCUGAACUGGGUUGUUCUUACUUUCACUCCAAGAUAUGAAAUUCAGGAGCUUGGAGGAGUUCUGGGCCUUCUACAUGAGCCAGCACUCGAAGCCAUCGACGCGGCGCUGGCAUUUUGCAGGAACCCUGGCUUCUCUCUCCUUCCUCCUCUACUCGCUGCUGUUUGAUUGGCGGUUUCUGGUUUGUGUGCCUCUCUCUGGGUACGGACUCGCGUGGUACAGCCAUUUUUUCGUGGAGGGGAAUAUUCCGGCGACGUUCGGGCAUCCGUUUUGGUCUCUGUUUUGCGACUACAAGAUGUUUGCUUUGAUGCUUUCUGGUAACAUGGACAGAGAGAUUAAGAGGCUCGGAAAGAGGCCUAUCUAGCAUGUCUUUUUGCGCUCUCUUCCGAGAGCUCCGAAGUGAUCUUCGCACUCUCGUUUUCUAGUAUUGUUUGUUCCAGUCUUUGGACAGAAAUAAAAUGCGAGUGCAAAAGAAGAAAACGAGAGCGUGACAAUCACUACUGUAUCGUGUGAUCAUAUUCCAUUCUGCUUAUUGGACCUGUAUUUCCAUUUUUGGUCUGUAUUUUGAACAUGUUUAUUUACUUUUGAGCUUUAUUGAGAUAUAAAUGGAUUAGUUUUGUGGGGUUA